CCAGCUUUGUCUCCAGCAAAACCGGAAAUGUGUAGCCAUUAGAUGUUAUUUUCCUGGAUAAAAUUUUGUUGGCUUUUUAAAGUAUAGUGGUUAAUUCGUAAUUGGUAGUCUCUUGGAAUUCCUUUUGUAAUUUUUCCUCCGUGAUAUAUUCAUGUUGCUUAAGCAUUUACCGAAAGACUACGUGAAGAGGGUUUGAGAUUAUUUAGUAAGGAGGAGAAUUUCACUGUUUUGUUGAUUAGACUUUAUCGUGAAAGCGUUGUAAUUUUGUGCGUGGCUUCCCCCUUCCUUCCCACCCCAUACUGGUUAACCUGGGUGUCUGGUGGCUGGGUCUACAGAACCACACCUCCCCCACCCCCUCCCGUCUUAACCUGAGCAGUGUGAGGUCCCUCACUCUCCCAGAUCUCAGAGCUUUUGCUUUAUUUACCUCCUCAUCUAAAUUCCAGCAUCCUUCAGAACCUGGCAAAAGCUCUAUCUUUCUCAGGAAGCUUUGUUGGCACCUUUAUUACCAAAUACUUUGAAGCCCCAGUACCAGGGCUUAUUUGAGGAAUUGAUGUACUUCUGCUUCAAAAAGCACACAGUCUAGUUAAGGAGACAGAGAAAAAGAGUAACGGCAGAAUGAUGACUACUUUUAUUAGGAACCUACAAGGCCUGUGAGAACACAAGAAAAGCUCCAGACCCAACGAGGGCAUGGGGGUGAGGGCUGUUGAAGCCAUUUCAGUACUACAUUAGCCUGAAUUUCCAACUAGACUGGGUACUUCUAGGAAGGGUGCAUGCCUGCAUGAGAAACACUUGAUCUGUUCUUUCCUGGGAAAGAAAUUUGCUUACAUCCUUGGUGGGGCUGGUUGUAAGGACAAGGUGAGACUGUGGAUGAGAAGAUGAAAUGCGGCAACUGUGGUGAGAUUUCAGAGAAGUGGCAAUAUAUUCGGCUGAUGGACAGUGUGGCACUGAAGGGAGGUCGUGGCAGCGCCUCCAUGGUCCAGAAGUGCAAACUGUGUGCUAGGGAAAACUCCAUCGAGAUUUUGAGCAGCACCAUCAAAUCUUACAAUGCUGAAGACAAUGAGAAGUUCAAGACAAUUGUAGAGUUUGAGUGUCGGGGCUUUGAACCAGUUGAUUUCCAGCCUCAGGCUGGGUUUGCCGCUGAGGGCAUGGAGUCCGGGACGGUCUUCAGUGAUAUUAACCUGCAGGAGAAGGACUGGACUGACUACGACGAAAAAGCUCAGGAAUCUGUGGGAAUCUACGAGGUCACCCACCAGUUUGUGAAGUGCUGAAUGCUCUUCCCGCACACAUCCCUCGAAGAACUGAGGAGGGACAAUGUGUCCCAAGCAGCAGAGCCCACUGAGGCUAAUCUCCUCAGCGGCUGUCUGCUAGACGCUGUCCAAACCCUCACAGCCUGCAUGCUGAGCUCUGCCAUGGCUUGCCAAGCCUCACCAAUAAAGGCCCUGUUUGUGCUACA